AUGGAUGUGUCUGUCUGCGCCAUGAAAUGUCCUCCACUCGUAACACCGGAAAAUGGUAGCCAGAGAGAGGAACCAGAAAUAAAUAUCUUGUGUUGCAAUACAUGUAAAAGGCCGUAUGAACAGUCUACAAACGAAGAACACAUUGCAAAGCGUGUAAAACACGAUGAAGUAUACUCAGCACCAACAGUCAGUGAAGAUAAAUUUUUGUAUAUGGGUGACUUUGCAGUUGUUUAUACAGAUGGUUGUUGCUCAGGUAAUGGACGUAAUAGGGCACGUGCUGGAAUAGGUGUCUACUGGGGACCAGGCCACCCUUUAAAUACCAGUGAAAGACUUCCUGGACGGCAGACUAAUCAAAGAGCAGAAAUACAUGCAGCCUGCAAAGCAAUAGAGCAAGCAAAGAGUCAAAACAUCAAGAAAUUAAUUAUCUACACUGAUAGCAAGUUCACUAUUAACG